CCUCUUUUCCGCUUGUCCGCUUGUUUUCUAAUUCCCGUUCCCUUUCAUUUUGCAAAUGUCUGCCCCCCUGCUGCCAUUUCGACACUAUAUCCACACGGUGAUAUGCACGCUGAGUGCAACGUCGGUCACAGUCCUCAACACAACCGAAACCAUCAGCUGCAACCGCAUGGGCUGCGAGUGCCAUGUCCUUGAUGACUCCCAGUACAAAGUCGUGUUUCCAUUGAUAAUAGUCCUGGUCCUAACCGCGUUCACGCUGACAUUCGGUCCGCAAACACCGCAGUCGCCGCUAAUGGCUGAGUCGCCGUCAGUGUCCGGCAGAUCGUCGCCACAAGUAUCGAUUCAGGCAAUGGAGCAAAAAGCAGAUGUCGUCGAGUGCCCAAAGAAGCAGGUGUGCAUAGAGUGCGGAAGCCCAGUAGCCAGUCUGUAUACCGAAUAUGGUGUUGGGCACAUCCGGUUGACGCAGUGCGAGAGCUGCAAAAACUUUGCUGACAAGUACAUUGAGCAUGACGUGGUUGUUAUAUUCAUCGAUAUGCUGCUUCAUAAGCCCCAAGUGUACAGACACCUGCUAGUUAACAAGCUCGAGUUCCGCCAGUCGAUGAUUGAGCGAAAUGUGGCCAAGCUUGGCGUGCUUCUAGUUCUUUUCAACGUGUACAUCGAUUGGUUCCGGCUUGAAGAAGGUGGUCGGCUGCGUGGCCAGAACGAGCUUCUGUUUGGCAAGCAGCACUCGUUCACGCUCCAGUACCUGUUCAUCCUGGUGCUGUCCGCCAUUGACGCAUCAUCACAGCUGUGUGGCAUUGUAUUAGCAUCGAUCAUUCACCAGCGCAGCUUCAUGCAGGUCAAGCGCUGGGCUACCAUAUCGACAGCACUAAUCAUAUCGAGCUUCGGCAAGGUGUUGAUGAUUUUGCUAGUUAUAUGGGACUACAACGAGCCAUAUUAUCCAUGGCUGCUCGACCUUUUGCUGCUGACUUCGCACUCGACUGCCUUGGCCGUGCUCUUUGACAUCAACAUAAUGUGGUCGGGACUGGUGGUCAUAUUUAGCGCCGCAGUCAGGCAGUUAGUGCAUUUCAUUGUGUUAUCCACAGCAUCUGUAUUCUUUUCCUAGCAUCUGUUUCAUUCACAAUUUAUUGAUUUUCUGGUCUGUGUCUCAAAU